CAGAAGUGUAAGAGAAAGAAACCUUAAUUGUAACCUUUUUCAUUUUAUGCUUUUGUUAUCUUCAUAACUUCAAACAAUCCAUCAAUUGUUUUGAUAAGAUUCCAAGACAACCCACUUUUUUGUGAAUUCUCCCCACAUUCUCUCUAUCUCUCUUUAUUCUCUUCAAUUGUGUCUUGUGUUGUGAUCACUCUUCCUCCUGCAUAUAUAUAGUUGCAUUUCCUUCCUAGCCAUUGUGAACCAGAAGAACCCACUGUCAACUUUUAGUCCUUGUAUAUUCUUAGUGUGCUUGUGUUUUAGCUAGAAAGUAGGAUUAUAUUGUUGUCUCUUCGAGCUCUCUUGUCUACUGAUAUAUAUUUUGGAGUGCGAAGAGAAAGGAACAGAAAAAAAAUGGGAAUUGAAGGAACAGUGGAAUACUUCUCUAACUUAGCAAGAUACCUUACGAAAAGAAAGAAAAAGAAGCAAAUUCAUACUGUAGCCCUCAAAGUCAGGAUGGACUGCGAAGGCUGUGCUCGCAAGGUCAAACAUGUCCUCUCCCGAGUCAAAGGAGCGAGGUCAGUGGAAAUAGACCUGAAGCAGAUGAAGGCGACUGUGACGGGGUACGUGGAUGCAAAGAAAGUGUUGGCAGCAGCGAAGACGACGAAGAAGAAGGUGGAGCCGUGGCCUUACGUGCCGUACGGACUGGAGGCGCAUCCAUACGUUUCACAGGCAUAUGACAAAAAGGCACCACCUAAUAUGGUGAGGAGUGUUCCGGUGAGCGCCACCAUCACCGAGAGUAUUCUCGACGAGAAUUACUCCUCUAUGUUCAGUGAAGAUAACCCACAUGCAUGCACUAUUAUGUAAAUUAUUAAAUAAUCGUAUUGAAAAGAAUGUAGCAAGUGUUUUUGUGUUUUAAUUAAUUAUAAUGUUGAUAUAUUCUAUAUUUCUCUCUUUCUAUUUUAUUUUAUUUGA